UGCAGCUGACUAGUAAGUUAACUAGAGUACGCGCAGAUGUUCAAUCGAAGAGUUGGGGUUUAAAAUAAUAAAAGAAAACGAUUAAGGUCAUUGUGAUCCUUACCUCCACACAGCCCUGUAGAUAUUCUAAAAAAGUGUUUUUUUGUAUAUAAAUAAGCUUGAUUUUUAAGGCGCGUGUCCUCAGAAUUUAUUAUUUUGAAUUUGGACAUGACGUCAGCGGACAGCUGUGCGUACUAAGGCACUGGCGCUAUCAGUGCGGGAUGUGCAAGGACAGCAGUCGCUACACUGUUGUGGUUUUUUUUCGUCCGCCGUGGAGAAAUACUGGCGAGGGAGGCAGACAAGUGGGCUGUGCACCUUUAAGAGAGGGCGGAGAAAGUAGAGCCCCGGGGCUGUGUGCUGAGCGCAGUGCUGAUGCUGUUUAUGUAUCUCUUUAUUUACUCUCUUCUAUUUUGUUCGAGCUGAUCUUACAGCGUUAUGUGUUGUUAAUGAGUGACGCUUGGAGGCGGGGUUCAUACAAAGUCUCAAUUAUUACAGCAGUCUCGAGGAGGCGGGCUCGCCUACAGUAAAGAUUCAUGCCUCCAAUGCAAUCCUGAAAAAUGAUAGAGAUGUCAUUUGACAAAGAAACUGUUUUAUCAUGUGAGGGGCAAAGAGACCCCGCUUACCAACAACUUUCAGAAAUUUCUGGAAACAGUACCAGCAUACCUGGAGAGACCACAGUUACAAACCUCAGCAAUAAGGAUAAUGAAGAGCCAAGAAAUGAGACAUCACAGGAGCACAAAGAUAAUGCCACAACAGGUAACAGAGCAGUGAGUGAAAGUAGCGUGCUUGGGGCCGAAUCAUCUACAAAGACCCAGCAUGACACCCAACAGUCAAAAUCCCAACAGCAGAGACUCAACAAACGGCGCAACACUAUGAGCGCUGGCUUCAAGCACCCUUGUUAUGGGAAGCGACGACGCCGUGCCAACUCUGAAAGCGGGUCGGUCCUGCCAACUAACUUCCUGCUGGGCGGGAACAUUUUUGACCCGCUCAACCUCAACAGCCUUCUUGAUGAAGAGGUGAACCGGGCGCUCAAUGCAGAGACUCCCAAGUCCUCGCCAUUGCCGGCCAAAAACAGAGAUCCUGUAGAGAUCCUGAUACCCAGAGAUAUCACAGACCCCCUCAAUCUCAAUUGCCCUAAUGUAGUUGGCCGCAAUCGGCUGGUGUCUCCCUUAAAAUGUGGUGGAGGCAAGCGAAGACAUCGGAACAAGCACCAUGGAGCAAGUGCAGGAGGAGGAAUGGUCACGCAGUCUGAUUUACUUGAGUCUAAAGGUUGUACAGAAGUACAGACUGGAACCACAUCACAUAUUGAGUCAAGCAGUGUGGUGGACAGCCUUGUCCCUGAGGCCCUAAAAGAGGACCAUAUGCUAUUGAACUCCACUCUUGAGGCUCCGUGUUCAAACAAACCCAAUUUAACUACAAAUGGCGGUGAGGGGAAGGAGAAAAGGGGAUGCAUUCCACCCACUAAUGACAAUUCUAUGGCACCCCCAUCCGGAAACACCACCAACCCUUCAUCAAGCAGGCAGCGCAAACGUAAUCGGGCUAUGGGAAGAUUGGAGAAUACCAACUGUUCAUAUGGGGCGAGAAGCUGGGCUCCAAGAUCCGGGAGGCAUUCUCAGCCCUUUCACACCCCAGGGGCGGGCCCUUAUACAGGGGGUAUGGACAGGCCUCAACAGCAUCCAAACCAUUGGAGGUCACAGUACAACGACAACCAGCACCAACAACAGCAGAAAAAGAAGUUUCAGUAUGGAAACUAUAACAAAUACUAUGGUUAUCGGAACCCAGGGCUGAACGAAGAUCCACGUAUCUGUAUUCUGAAACCCGAGUGGUUCCAAGGAAAGGUUGUGUUGGAUUUGGGCUGCAACACCGGCCACCUGACGCUGUCCAUCGCCAAGAACUGGCGACCAGCACAGAUUGUGGGCCUGGAUAUCGAUGGAGCACUGAUACAUGCUGCCCGACAGAACAUACGCCACUACCUCUCUGAACUCCACACGCAACAGUCCCGACGUUCUGGGGAAAAUGGAGUAAGGGAUAGAGUGGAGGACAGGAAAGAGGAUGAUUUAUCAGAAGAAAAAAGCCAGAGAAAGGAGAAAGAUGGACAAAAGUUUGGGGGAGCAAAAGAGGAUCUUUCUGAACUUGAAAACAAAAAGUGUUCAGAUAGAAUGAUUGAAUACAUAGACAAAGGAGGGAUGGUAGUUGGUGGACAUGCAGAAAGAGAGAAGGGAUGGGAGGAGAAGGGGGAUGAUACAGAGAAUAAGUCCACAGAGGCUUAUCAGGAAGGAGUGAGUGGGAAAAUGGAGGAUGGGGAAUGUGUAGUCCUCACUGAUGGGAAUCAUUCAUUCCCUGUCUCACUCCGAAUCUCAAGAGGACCCAUAGCUGGCCCCCCUUUGCCUGAGACUAACACAAACAGUCUCCCUCCUGGAGAUUUCCCUGCCAACGUCACCUUUGUCAAGGGGAACUAUGUGCUGGAAAGUGAUGCGCUGCUGCAGAUGCAAAGGGAAGAGUAUGAUGUAAUCCUGUGUUUGAGUGUGACAAAAUGGGUCCACUUGAACUGGGGUGAUGCAGGACUCAAACGGCUAUUCCACAGGGUUUACAAGCACCUGCAGCCAGGAGGACUCUUCAUACUGGAGCCCCAGCCUUGGAACUCCUACAGCAAGAGAAAGAAACUCACUGAGGCCAUCUAUAAGAAUUAUCAUAGCAUCAGCUUCAAACCAGACCAGUUUUCCUCCUACCUGACUACUGAAGUGGGCUUCUUGAGUUAUGAGCUCAUCGGAACUCCACAGAGUUUAUCUAGAGGUUUUCAAAGACCAAUCUACCUUUUUCACAAAGGAUCCUUGCCUCAAAAGUGACUCUACCAGUUAGGACUGCCAAGAUUACAUCAGAAAGUGCAGUGCUUGGAUAUUGAAAACAACCAUCAUUUGAAGCCACUGGAACUUUUGAGCAUUUUUCAUAUUUCUUUAAAACUGGAAUAAGACUAGUACUGAAUUUGACACUUUCAAUAUUUUGAACUCUUAAAUGGAAUCUCAUUGGUGCUGCAAAAGACUACAUUUCUUCCCACCUCCAUUAAAAAUGAAAGAAGACCUCAAUCACGAUAUUCCCCACAAUUGGAAAAACUGCAAAUACAGAUCAGAGUUUUUCCACCAUCCCAAAGAGCUGGUGUUACUGGUAUCUCUCAAAAAGAAGAGUCUCUUGGAGAACCACAUAGUUAAAUCGAAGCAGAUCCCAUCAAGUUAAUUCUAAGAUCCUCAAACUCAACUUGUUUUUCAUUUGGAAUGAACAUUUGGACUUUUGGACAGUUGGACUCCCAAAAGUAUGAAUUCUUUAAGCAAGUCUGCCCUCCUGUGCAGCACACAACUGAUAAGCGAACCUCAAGGAUUUGAAGAUUUCAUGAUUUGAAAUGUUUGGAGGUUAUGUUUUUGAGGAAUAUAUAUAUAUAUAUAUUUUGUUUAAAAGGAAAUAUUAAUGUUCAGUCGAAGCUCUGGUUUCUGUGCUUUUUUUGAUUUUGCACUGUCAUCUUUUUUUCUUAAGGUUAAAGCAAAGUAUUGCUAUUAACGUAAAUAGGAAGUUACUUUUUACACAAAAGCUGCUGAAAGCUUUUGACAAUUUUAGUGUACAUCUUUCUCGCCAUCACCAGUUUUGCAGCCAGACUUGAGUCUAAUGUGGUUAGCUGGUUUCCCAGUUUGAACAAGCUGGUCCGUUUUGAUGGUUUUAGAUGAGCACUUGAAGGCUGGUCAGGCUGGGACACCAGAACCACUAUAGACCAGUUUAAGCUUGUCUUUUUCAGCACGACUAUCGGCACCACUUUUAGUUACAAACUGUUUAAUUCCAAUAGCUCUCCAUAAUUUCAGUCCUUGGGAGUUUUGAUGCUGCUGGUUUGUAAUAAAAUUUUUUUUAAAAGUGAGGUUUUUCCUCAAUCUUAUGUCCCCAAUAGGCGGUCAGGCUGAUAUCAGAAGGAUGUGAUUCCUUUAUGUGGUGCAUCAUAGGGAAUUAACCUAAAAAUGAUUUAUAUAUAUAUAUAUAUGAGCUUGUUCCGAUUCUCCAACUAUUAAAGUUGAACAAAAAUAGAGGUACAUUUUGUGAAAUUUUCGUCCAGUUCAUAUCAUCACUGAGAUAUGACACCUUGUUGUUAGUUUUAUUACAGUUAAAAGGUUUGCACUAAAAAGAGGGAAACAAUUUGUGUCCUAUAUUUGUAUUUUAUGUGCAAAUGUAAAGUUGGUGUCUCUGAAAAGGGUCUUUUAAUUCAAAGCGAUUUCAAAAUAAACUGCAAAACAACAUGGAAUUGUCUUGUCUGUUUUAAACGGUGAAUCAUGACCUGAAUUUAGUCACAUUUGAAUCACCUAGUUGAUUAUUAAUCGAUUAUACAGUUUUAUUAAAAUAGUAAGGGCAGCAGUGAUGACUUAUUUUAAAUGUCCUUUACCCCUCUGUUAUUUACAGUUAAUUUAGAAACUUAUUAUAAUAACUUUUAUAGAAACGGUUAUAAUUGGAUUAGACCGGACCUAAAUAUUAUAAAAGUUAAGCGAUGGGGAAGGCUCAAAAAGUAAAGUAAUAGUGCGUAUACUAAGUAGAAACAAGAGCAUGAUGUUAGAGUGGCAAUAUAUGUGUUGCCCGGAAGUUGUCUCUACAAAUAUGGUUGGUAUAAAUAAUUAUAUAUAUUUUUUACUCUUCACAGUAUAUUUUCGAUUUAAUGGUUAUUAAAGUAUCAUGAUUUGGGUGUAAAUUAUUAAAUUAUCGUCCACACCGCUGUAGCAGAGACAGAGUUGUCACGCGCUACCUGACGUUUUACUCAGCGCUGGUCAGAAUUGACCAAUUACAGUCGUUUGUGAUUACUGGUUAAGAUUAGAUAGAUAGAUUUGCUGUGGGUAAUAAGUCUUUGUUAAUAACAUAUUUCAAUGAUUUGUUUAAGCGUAAAAUGUCUCAUAUGACAUAAGUUCUGAGAUUUGACUGCGAAUCAAUGGAGGAUUUUGCUUAGUGAGCCUUCAAGCGCCCCUGGUGGACGUGGAAUAACAACUCCUAGGAAAAUACAGUAGUAAUCACUUAGCAACAUUUGUGAGGCAGGAUUUAGUAAAAUGGGUUCAGUAAAUGCACAAUUUUUAUUUUUAGCAAAGGACGUAACAUUUCGUUACGUGUCAUCAUUUGGCUGUUGUGUGUGAUAUGAACAGACGGUUUGUAGAUUCCACUUCGAGACUUGUGUCCCUGCAGAACAAAAAUGUUCAAACCAUUGGGAUUCCCUACUUUUAUUGGAUAGUUUAGAAACGCCCAUCCUAGUUUGAAAACACCCAUUGUUGUUCUGUAGAGACCUAAACUUGUCCACGCUGGAAAAAUCCGCUUAGUUUUCCACAGAAACUACCUUGCAAUAUCCAAAAUGACCAGAAGAUAGAGCUAUUUUACAAAAAAAAAAAAAAUAAAAAAAAAAAAAAAAUAAAAACACAACGCCGCGCAUGGAAAUUGAUAUCUCCUGCUGCCCGUCACAAACAGUUUACAUCAAAUAUUGAUAUAUAUUAAAUUGAAAGGGAAAGUACUCCUGAAAAAACUUUGAAUGUUAUCUUGAUAAAGAAUAGCCUGAACGUUUUAAGAAAGAAGUUUGAAGGUUUUGUUGUGCACUGAAUGCUUUGGUAGCUGGAAGGGAGAUUUUAAGUUAGAUGGCUCUGUUGUGUACUUUGAAUCCUAGUAUCUUUUAGAGAAAUUUGAGAUUUAAAGGUUAUAAGCCUUGUGUUUUACGCAGUUUGAGGCAAGUAGGUUUAGCUUCAGGCCGGAGACAUCCAAAUGGGGGCGGAAUAUCAAAAAGGAGGGCGUGGUCACUCCAAAAGUGGGUGGUACCAACUCCAAAAGGGGGCGUCACUUCCACGCACUGCUAAGGUUAGGUAAAGGGUUAGGUUAGGUUCGAUUAAGGGGCUCCCUAUAUGUUUAAUGGUGGUUUGGAACUCCCGCCCCUUUUUGGAGCAAUGCAUGCAGAUAUACCCUCCUCGUUUGAGGAGAGAUUUGAAGUCUAAUGGAAUGGAUAGGCCUUGUUUCUAAUGUGUUCUGAGUGGUUGAUAAGCAAUUGCAAAGGUGUUUAAGGUGGUAGCAAGGGUGCUGCUAUGCAGUUUCCAUGAUGCUCUGGCUGGUUGCUAGGGUGUUGCUUGAUGUUUGCUAGGGUGUUCUGGCUGGUUGAUAGGUUGUUGCUUGGCAUUUGCUAUGCUGUUCGAGAUUAUUGCAAGGGUGUUGUUUGUGGUUGCUAAUGUUGUAAUUC